ACAUACAGCCUAAAGAGUACUUUCAAAAUUUUGAAUGUACAUUUUGCCAAAAAAAAUUUGCAUGCUUCUUCCUCAUUUCAAAGGCACAUCAAAACUUUUCGUUCCUCCAUUCCUGAUACAUCUCCUACAGACUCCAAACUACAAUGCACAUAUUUUUAUGAUUCCCGAAUUAAUCCAGAAACAUCCCUUGCGCUGCCUUCUUAUGCUCUACCCUCUUCAUUAAUUCCUCCCACUACUUCUUAUUCAUGUACCCUUACUGCUUCAAAAACUUCUUACACAACUCUUCCUGCUUUGCCAAAUCCUUCUACAUCAUUUGCUUCUUCACCAAUACCAACGACAUCCUUCCAUUCAUAUGCUCUUCCUGCUACAUCAAUCCCUACGACAUCCUUCCAUUCAUAUGCUUUUCUUGCUUCACCAAUUCCUACAACAUCCUUCCACUCGGAUGCGCUUCCUGCUUCACCAAUUCAUAUGACAACCGCUAAUUCCAAUACUGUUUCCUUUAUUCGACAACCAUCUUCCCCACUACUUUCCCAAUCAUCCAUAUCGCUCACAUUCUUUCCAGUGACCCCAACGCGACCCAGACCCCAAGAUAAUGCUUCGCUGUACUCAGAACAUUUUACAGGUUCUCCAAGGGUUCUCAGAAUUACUUGCCCCAUUGAGGAUUGCGGGAAUGCUUACACACGGUACAGCGCACUACAAAAACAUAUUGAAUGUCAUCAUCACAUCAAUAUUGAACACAAAGACAAACUGUUUUCUUCUAUUAAUGAUUUUUACAGCUGGAAAACUGAGAUGGAACAGAACAGUAUUACGUCAUAUGUGAAGGACACUGCAGCAUACAUAACAAAAGACAAUUGCUGCACCAUUCAAUAUUAUAAUCGCCAUCGAUCACACAGUCACCAAACAAAGGAAACAUGUUUAAGGGGUAGCAAAAAAAUUGGGCAUGCUUGUCCCUCACGAAUUAUGUGCAUGGUGUAUAAUGACGGACAUGUUGAAGUUGAUUACUGGAAGACACAUGUGGGACAUGGAAAUUAGAUAAAAUAUGUGCGGCUGGAUCAAAAUUUGAUCAGAAACAUCAAGGAUCAAAUUAAAGCAGGCGUAUAUCAUGACUUUAUUAUAAAAAACAUACGUGAAGAUUGUUAUAACAAAAAAUUACUGAGACCACUGAGAGCUUCCAUGAUAACGAAGAAAGAUUUAUGAAAUAUAAAAAGGCGGGUGUUACCACCAAAUGAUACCUUUAUAAAUAAAAAUGAUUCAAGAAGUGUAGCCGAUUCUUUGCAUUCUUUGCAUUUAAUGCUGGAAAUAAUUUAAUUAUCUUCAUAAUUAACUAUUAUUGAUGUUUGCUUUAUUUGCAUAAUUUAUUUAAAGUUAUGCCAUUCAUUCAAGUUAUGGAAAUGUGUUUCAAAUUGUAAAUAUCUAUACAUUAUAUAGC